AUGACUUCCCUCAAACGCAUGACCAUUCUUGGUUUUGCUUUCGCAAACUCACUCACCACUACAUACGCCGCGCCUCGUAGCCACUGCAGCGAGGACACUUUGGUCGUGGAUACCACUUCUGGAAAGUUUCGACCCCUUCUCGAUCCAGUCUACCCGGAUGUAGCCCAAUAUCUGGGCAUACCAUUCGCUGCACCACCUUUGGACGACCUCCGAUUUGCAGCCCCCACAUCACCGACCAAGCGCAUCGGUAUCAGCAACGCAACGAAAUAUUCUGCUGCUUGCUACCAGUUCAUACCUCCCACGCAAAACGAGUUCGAUGUUUACGAGCCUGGCUACGACUAUAAUGGAACCCAGAGCGAGGAUUGUCUCACGCUCAAUAUAGCUGGUCCACCAAGCAACAAGUCAUUCGAACCCUUGCCGGUCCUGAUCUUUCUAUAUGGAGGCGGAUUCGCACAAGGCGCGUCGAACGUCACAUUUCAGAAGCCACCUGGUUGGGUCCAAGCCAAGCAGAACCUGAUCAUCGUCAACAUACAAUACAGGCUGGAGAUAUUUGGCUUUCCGAAUAGUGCCGGACUUGAAGAGCAGAACCUUGGCCUGAGAGACAUUCGUUUCGCGAUUGAAUGGGUUAGUGAUAAUGUAGCAGCUUUUGGCGGAGAUCCAGCUCGGAUGGCUCUAUGGGGUCAAUCGGCAGGCAGUGUCGCGACUGACAUGUACCCAUACUCGUCAUACGCAGAUCCGAUCGUCAAGGGAAAUAUCAGCAGUUCUGGCAGCGUGUUCGCACCACCGUCCUUUCUGUCGUUUGAUUUUGCGCAGAAGAACUUCACUUACAUUGCCAAUAAAUUGAAUUGCUCUGGCGACACACAGCAACUUCUGGCAUGCAUGCGUACUAUACCUGCUUCGGUUCUCAACGACAUUGCUCAUCAAUACGAGGCCAACACGACAUUUUUGCCCAUUCCAGAUCAAACCCUCGUCUUCGCGAACUACACGCAGCAAUUACUUCAGGGCAAAAUUGCCAAUUUGACAGCCAUUAUUGGUACAAACCGCAACGAAGGCGAACGACAGCUUGACAGGAAUUUAGACCCUAACGGGCCAAAUCGAACGCAAGCCGAACAAUACACCAUUGAGAAUUUCGUAUGCCCGGCUGCGAUUGAAGCCAAGUCGAGACACGCGAUUGGUCUCCCUACAUAUCGCUACGAGUACAUUGGCAACUUCACGAAUCUUUCGCCAUUGUCAUGGAUGGGCGCUUAUCACGGCUCUCAUAUUCUCAUGCUGUUCGGAACAUCCGGGAGCAAAGAGGGACACCCUUUGACGGGAAUGUCGACGCCGUUUCAAUUGGGCCUCGCCAGCUACAUGCAAGAUAUGUGGCGUGCAUUUGCGUAUGAUCCAACUUCGCUAGUCGCAUACGGAUGGCCUCUAAACAUCGAUGGCUCCGGCAAUGCGACGAACGCUGUGAAGCUCUUUCCGGGGGAGAACGGUGGGUUUUCUAGCAUUGAAUCUGGCGCUGCUGGGGAGCAAUCUUGUUCUGAGCUAAACGCUUAG